UCUCCCACCAAAUAAAAUUCAUGGAGCCACCAAACCUAUUCGGCCACUAAAAUGGAUAACACAGCACAUUUAAAGUUUUAUAUUUAGUUAGACUACAUAUAAAAUAACCAAUAGCCGAUAGUUUGUUGCAUUUAUAAAAUGUAUGGGUGUAAGAUCGUUUACAAGAUAUUAAAACACUUUAUUUUGCUAUUUUAGUGUCGCAGUAUCACCUUGAUCUCCAGAUUAAGAGGUGUUCCCUUUGAGAUUUAAAAAAAAAAUAGUUAAAGAUAGGAGCUACUGCAGAGGGGUGAAAGAGCCACCUUCGGCUCCCGAGCCGCGGGUUAUAGACCCGUAGCUAAACCACUGUGUAACUUAAUUUGCAUGCGAUGCUAUGUUCUUCCUGCUGCUAUACGUAGGCCUAAUCAUAGCCUGGUUCCAACUUGUUUUGACAGUUGGUAAAGCCCCCAAAACAUUUCCUCAUGCCUGGCAUCUUCAAUAAGGGAGUAAACGUUCACCUGUGUGGGAGCAUUUGAAAAUGCCUUUGUUUUUUGACGGGUUAAGAGUUUCAAACCACCUUUGGCGCCUUUGGUCUGGUCAAAAUUCUGCCUAGCUUUACUGAAGGUUCAUUUAAUUUAAGGGAUCUAAUACAAUUAAAAAAUUGAGCCGAUAGACUUUAAGUUAAAGGUCUGUUGUAUUUUUGUUCAUAUGGUUUUGGGGCAGUCGCAUACUUUUUUUUUGGACUCUAGAUCUGCGAAACUAUCCCGCCCAGAAUCCAAGUGCACGUCGUGAACACGUGAAGGUGCUUAAAAAAAUACAAACUGGAUUUACUCUUUGAACGCUGUUUCCUCCUUCCUCAUAUUGCAGAUAUCUUGUGCGGUCACGUUUGGAAUGAAGAAAUAGUUCUAAUGAAUCUCGGGUGAGUCAACUCGACGUCUUAAAGCCUCGUCUGGUUCAUUCCUUUAAACAGUCAUCCAGGAACACAGACAGGACCUAAGAAGAGCAGCUCGUAUCAGUCAUGUAAAAUAUUACUUUAGGCCUAUACAUACAUCAUUUUUAUUUUAUUUUUAAGUUAUUAUUUAAUAUUAGAAUUUAUUUUAUUAUUUCAAUUCUUUUAAAUUAUUAUUUUACCCUCCCAAAGCAGUUGGUCGAUCGUAUAGUUGCAGGGCACCGCGCAUUAUUGAUUAUUCUACCGCGCGACGCACGGGUGAGCCAGGCCAGCGCGAGGGGGACGCACGGCCGGGCCAUGAGCCAGGCCUUGAGCGCGAGGCGGACCCACGGGGGGGUCAUGAGCCAGGCGGUCAGCGCAAGGGGUACGCACGGGGGGGGCAUGAGCCAGACGGUCAGCGCGAGGGGCCACACCCACACCGGGAGCAGGCUGACUGUCCGAGAGCUCAUCGAGCUGCACCGGAGAACCACCGGGGCGCAACCGGCGAAGCGACAGAGAUGCCCCCGGGACGCCCUCACUCAUCCCUACAUGUGGGGAGGUAACCGUCCACCUCCUGCGAACCCUGCUCUUAAACCCGGCGCCGAUCCGCUGUCAACCGCCGAGGCCGCACCCUGCAAAGUCUCCCGCUGCGACCUUCUCGACGACGGUGUUUCCACGAUCUGCCAGCCGUACGUCGAGCGCUCUCCGCCGCAGCGGGGCCUGGACCUACCCGCCGCGGAGCCCGAGAGUGUCGGUCGAGCCGUGAGCCUGUUUCAGUGGCAGGUGAUGCGCGAGAGCGGGAGGCUGGGGGCCGUGACGGAGUCACUUUUGAGGAUUCAGGACGAAGACGGAGACACAUGUCUUCACAUCGCCGUGGCGCAGGGAAAGAGAGCGCUUGCCUACGCUCUAGCUAAGAAGAGCGUUGGAUCCAUCGACACCAACGAGAACAACGGUCAGAGUGCCUUGCACAUUGCGGUGAUCACCAACCAGCCUUUGAUCGUGCAGGACCUGCUCCUUCUGGGGGCAAAGGUCAACAUUAGGGACCGCUGGGGUCGCUCUCCUCUCCACGUGUGCGCUGAGAACGGCCACGCCCUGACCCUCGAGAUCAUCCAAACGACCCUCUGCCUCGGAAACUGCCAACCAAUAAACGUGGAGCUGUUGAAUUACGAAGGCCUGUCCCCUCUCCAUGUGGCGGUGACUUCCUACAACACCCUGGUCCGGGAGCUACGGCGGCUAGGGGAGGGGUGCCCGCUGGUCGCCAUGGAGAUCGCCCGUCGUCAAGGGCAGCUGGCCGCCUGCGUCAGGACGCUGCUGCUCAUGGGCGCUCAGUGCACCACCCAGGCAAGAGGGAUUCAAACCAGAGUAGAGGCCUCUCUCUCUCUCUCUCUCUCUCUCUCUCUCUCUCUCUCUCUCUCUCUCUCUCUCUCUCUCUCUCUCUCUCUCUCUCUCUCUCUCUCUCUCUCUCUCUCUCUCUCUCUCUCUCUCUCUCUCUCUCUCCCUUCCCCCCCCCUCCUCUACCUCUCUCUCUCUACCUUUCUCUCUGUCUCUCUAAACUAACCCUUUCCAUCCGACAGGACCGCAAGAACGGGAAGACGGUUCUCCACCUGGCGUCGGAGGAGGCGCAGGGAGAGCUGUUCCUCCUCCUCCUCCACCACCCCUCCUCCUCCUCCAUCAUCAACCACAAGACGUACAGCGGUAACACGGCGCUGCACAUCGUCAGCUCUCUGGCGCGUGACGCCGGCGCCCUGACGCCGUUGGACACGCUCCUGAGGGCCGGGGCCGACCCGGGGGCCCGCAACCUGGAGAACGAACAGCCCGCCCACCUGGUUCCCCACAGCCCCGUCCGGGACAAGGUACGGAAGAUGAUCAAGGGCCACAACUACUACGCGCUUUUCCUAACCGCUCCGAAAAUGCAUAAACGCUGUCAGUCAGACAGUCCAACGUUCUAUUAAGAGAUCUUCCCUCGUGGGGAAGAUACCAGUCGUUUCAAUGAAACAUUAUCACCUGUACACUACUAUGUAGUGCCGAUGGGGGGGGGGUGUAUCGAAGGAAUGUAUGUUGGUGGAGGCAUAUGUGUUUGUGUUCUCGGACAGGGUGUGUCCUGAUUUUGUAUCCAAGGUGUGUGUGUGUGUGUGUGUGUGUGUGUGUGUGUGUGUGUGUGUGUGUGUGUGUGUGUGUGUGUGUGUGUGUGUGUGUGUGUGUGUGUGUGUGUGUGUGUGUGUGUGUGUGUGUGUGUGUGUGUGUGUGUAUGGCCUGUUUUUGGUAAUUAAGGUGUGUGUGUUUGUAUAUGUGCUAUGUGUGUUAUUCUGCAUCUGUCUCUUUCUAUCUCAAGUGUGUGUGUGGGUAUGUGUGACUGUGUGUCCUGUUUUUACAUGUAUAAGGCAUGUUAAGAUUUUGGUGUGAGGAAAUGUGUGUUUCUUUGCAUUGUGAGUCUCUCUGGAGAUGUUUGCUUGGUUUUUAUAUUGUCAUGCUGAAAGAGAUUACAUUUUAAAUUUUAUCUGAUGCAAAUAUAAUAUAAUCCCAUUAUAUAUUUAUAUUUUGUAAUUAUGGUAAUAUUGAGAAGAUUAUAAGAAUACAUUUUUACAAUGUGCUUCAAUAUGCAAUGCAAUUUGUGUUACUUCAUGUUUUAGAAAUCGUAUAAAGUUGGAUUUUGACCUUGCUUAUUAAAAGUCUGAGAUAUUU